AUGGCAAUAGCUAAUCCAGCUUUUUCACAGAAAUCGCUUGAAAUAAAAACAAAAUCAAUUGAAACAACUCUUAUACCACUUGUUACACAAAUAUCAACAUUAGUUAAUUUUAAAGAAAAACCUCGAUCAUCAUCAUCAUCGGCAAUUAAUGAAAAAACACUUCAGGCUAUUAGUAGAGUGGGCGAUGCUGUACACAUGGCUGUCGAACGUUUUGUUUCUGUCGGUGAAUCAAUAGCUAAUGAAAAUUCAGAAAUAAAAUCAGAUUUAACUGAUGCAUGUCGUGAAGCUCGAUCAGCUGGUGAAUCGAUAAAACGGAUAACUUGUGUAGAAUAUGAUUCAUUUGGUAAACCCGUUUGUGUCACUGAUAGACAGAGUAUGGUACAAGCUGCUCGUGGUUUAUUAAGUGCAGUGACACGUGUCUUAUUACUUGCUGAUAUGAUUGUUGUAAAACAAAUAAUUUCUAUUAAGAAAAAGGUAAUAUCAACAUUAAAUCGGCUUGAAACAGUAACAUCUUUUUCUGAAUUUGUCAAAUUAUUUGGUAUUUAUGGAGGUCAAAUGGUUGAAUUAGCACAUCUAACAGGUGAUCGACAAAAUGAUCUAAAAGAUGAACGUCGUCGAUCUCAACUUUCCGCUUCUCGAACAAUUCUAGAAAAAUCUACAAUGCUCAUAUUAACUUCAUCAAAAGCAUAUCUUCGUCAUAUUGAAUGUGUCCAUUCUCGUCAAUGUCGUGAUCUUGUUUAUGAUCAAGUACGUCGUGCACUUGAUCUAGCAGGUUCAAUUGUUUAUGAUUCUGGUUCAACAUCAACAACAACGAAUCCUACAAUUACACUUCUACUUACGAAAGAUGAAAUUAAUUUUGUUAAAUCAUUAAGACAAUUUGAAUAUGCUGUUGAAAUGUUAAAUGUUUCCAUAACAUCAUCAACUAAAGAACAACUUGAAGAUUUAUGUAAUAAAACUAUUGAUAAUAGUCAAGAUUUUACUGAUUCAGUUUAUAUAAGUAUUGAACAAAGAGAAAAAGUACUUGAAUAUCAUAGUAAAUUACAAGAACAACUUGGAGAAAUAAUAACGAUGAUUACAAAUGAUAAUGAAAUGGGUUUUUCAUUAAAAAGUGAAGUACUUCCAUUAUCAAUUCAAACAAUUCAACAAAUAGGAUAUGAUUUUCGUAAACAACUGGAACAAAUGGCAAUGUUUCGUGCAUCGGAAUUUUUUCGAACACAUGAUGAAAGUGUUUUAUUAAAUGAAUUAAAAACAUAUUCAUUAACUAGUCGAUUCGAUUUAUUACAAGAAGCUAUUGAUCGUUUUCGUGAACAAGCAGAAAUUGCAAUUGAAUUAAGUAAACUUUUAAAACAUAUUAGUUCAUGUGAUCCACUACAAGUUUCAAGUGAAUAUCAUGAUAUGUUAUUUCAAAAUCUAUCAAAUAUGAUCAUUGCAUCAUCACAAGCAGUUGCUGCACAUCCAACGAAUCGAGUAUCGAAAGAAAAUCUCGAUGUACUCUGUCGGUUUUGGGAACAAGAAGUUAAUGAUUUUUCAAUUCUUGUUAAAGAGAUACAAGAAUUUAUUGAAGGUCGUGGUGAAAAAACCGCUUAUUUAUCAUUACCAAGACCCGGUAAACAUGGAACAACAUCGAAAGUCGGUUUUAAACCAACCAAACUUGAUUCUGAUGAACAAGCUAAAAUUGCUAAAGUUGGACUUGAAAUGAAAUUAGUUACAUCGGAAAUGGAUGCUGAAGCAGAAAAAUGGGAUGAAGCACCUAAUGAAGUUGCUAAACGUGCAAAAAAUAUGUCAUCAAUGGCAUAUUCAAUGUAUUUAUUUACUCGAGGCGAAGGAACUUUACGUACAACACAAGAUUUAUUUACACAAGCUUAUUAUUUUGUAGAAGAAGGCACUCGUUUAUCAGCUAUUAUUCAUGAAUUUAUUCAUCAAAUACCAAAUAAAAAUGUAAGACAAGAUAUGUUAAUACAAUUAGAAAAAGUUCCAUUAAUGUGUCAUCAAUUAAAAUUAAAAUUAAAAGCUUCUGUAUCAGGAAAAAAUUCAACAUUUGCAAAAGUUGAUACUGUUAUAUGUGAAGCACGAGAUCUAAUGAAUGCAGUAACACGUUUAUGUACAAAUGUAUUUGUUUGUCAAACGAAAUAUAAUAUUGUUGAUAAUCGUACUGUUACAAGUAGUAAACAUUAUUCGCGACCGCCAUCAUCAUCAUCUAAUAAAUGGUAUCGACCACCAUCAAUCGAACGAGAUGAUCGUGUAGAAACAAAAUCUGAACGUCCUAUACGUUCAUCUUCUUUACAACGACCAUCAAGUUAUUUACCAGAAUUUGAUCAUAUAUAA